AUAGGUAAUAUAUAUUUUUUGUUAAAGGUUACAGCAAGAAUAAACAGCCCGUACGCUAACCCCAGUGGAACAGACCCUGACUUGCAAAUAUUCUUCGCGGGCUACACAGCCCAUUGCGCUUCUUCUGGAUCGGUUGGCGAUCCGGAAGAUCCAGAGGAUCCAGAUGCCAAAAAGGAGUUUACAUUUUCACCAGUUGUUCUACAUCCAAAGAGUAAAGGAUAUGUUGCACUUCACUCAAAUAAUCCAUUCGAUCCUCCCAAAAUGGUUGCCAACUACUUGACAGAACCCGAAGAUGUCAGAGUGCUGAUUGCUGGCAUAAGGGUAAUUCAGCAAAUAGCAAACAGUACCAUUAUGGUACAGAAGUACGGGAUGCAAAUAGAUGAGACAGAAUAUGGAGACUGCGCAGUCAAAAAUAGAUACGACUCUGAUGAAUUUUGGGACUGCGCUGUGAAAUACUACACAGGGCCAGAGAACCACCAAGCUUGUUCGUGUCGUAUGGGUCCUAAAUCUGAUCCAAUGGCUGUGGUCGAUAACAAAUUAUUAGUCCAUGGUAUGACGAAUUUGCGGAUUAUGGAUGCAUCAGCUAUGCCGUUGCUGGUAUCUGGAAACACCCACGCUACCAUCGUCAUGAUGGCAGAAAGAGGAGUUGAUUUUAUUAAAGAGAAAUGGUUGAAUGGAGGUGGGAUCGCUAAUAGGUUUGGUGGAGAGAGUCAAGCGAGUAAUCAAAGGGUACCUGCAGUUACAUCACCUCCAGUAAGGCAAAAUAACUUUUAUAACCACAACAAGCAGAUGGGUUUGCCAAGCAAUUUCAACCACAACGAGAUGUUCCACAAGCAACAUCCCAACCUGCCCAAUCCAUACUUAGGUUACAACGGUAAAUACGUCCCGAUGUACAACUACUAUCAGGGCUACAACUCCAAG